AUGGCUACUCCCACUCCCAUGCCAGCCAGAGGCGAUCGAAACGCCCCAGUCUUUGAUUCGUCCAAGCCCCACGAGUUGCGCCGUUAUUUCCUCGAUCUGGAGUUCCUUCUAGCUCGAUCUGCCGUCACUGACGCUGCCCAAAUGAAGGGGCAUGCGGUCAGAUUCCUUUCCGUCGAAGAUCAGGAGAUUUGGGAAGGUCUACCGUCAUUCUCAGACGCCAACAAAUCGUACCACGACUUCAAAUUGGACGCCCUCAGCCUCUACGCAGGGAACGACACAGAUCGUCGUUUCAGCCUCGACGAUUUGGACAUGCUCGUUGGGCAGACAUCUCGCAUGGGAAUCCACACAAAGGACGACCUCACACAAUUUUAUCGACGAUUCCUACACAUCACAACAUUCCUGAUUAGCAAACAACGACUCUCUGUGGCAGAACAGAGCCGAUUUUUCCUUCGAGCUAUGAAUCCAGCCUCGUUGUCCGUCUCAGUUCGCCAGAGACUUCAGAUCAAGAAGCCAGACGUUCACCCUGAGGAUCCAUAUGAUUUGUCAGAUCUGUACGACGCUGCUAAAUUCGUCCUUUCAGGAUCAUCGACCUUACUUCCUGGAAUGCCCACGUCUCAGCCCGGAACCAAGCUCACAAUCAAAUCAGACCCUGGAAUUACUGCACUAGUUUCAUCUGUCUCAGAUCUAGUUCGAAUAAUCGCUGCUCAACACGCCAAUCCUGGUGCCCCAGCACAAUCACAGUCCGCCAACGCCCUGCCCCGCCGUCGCCGUCCUGAUGGCUGCAGUUAUUGCAGUGAUCUCGAGCAUUUUAUCAGCCAAUGUCCCCACGUUUCGACGGAUAUUCGAGACGGAAAAUGCCGCCGCAAUGUGGAUGGGAAAGUCGUCCUCCCCUCAGGCGCAUAUGUGCCAAAUAUUGUCCAAGGAAAGGAUCUUCGAGAGCGCAUUCAGAAGUGGCAUGAAGCGAACCCAGGUCAGGCAGCAGCUCCGCAGAUGAUUUUGGAAGUUUCUCACCAGAAUUUGCUGUCUUCUGCGGCGCCUGGGCUCGUUCAAACGUUCAAACUCACGGACGAAGAACGAAUGGCAGUUCUGACGGCUGAAAUUAAUCAACUACGCACACGGGCCCAAGCUAAACGCGCUAUGGAAGUUGCUAAUCAACCAGAAGUCCCUGAACGCACUAUUCCACCGGCGGUAGCGCGAAAUCCAGUCGUUCCACCUGUUCCAAUCGAAACCGUCCCUCCUGCGACCGCCCCUGCUGCUCCAGUUGCCCCGCCUCAACCCCCAAUCCAUCCGUACGCCGCAGCUCGUGAUGGCGCUUACGCACCGCCCAAAGAACGAAAUGUUGGGAUUCCAGCGCAGAAAUCACAACCCCCACGCUCUUCGGCUCCGAUCUACAACCCCAAAGAUGCUGCAGCUGUUUUUGACGCCAUUUUGGACAUCCCUGUCACCCAGACGCUUCGCCAGACCCUGUCGAUUGCCCCAGAAGUCCGUGCUCAAUUCCGCGAAGCCACUAGUUUCCGUCGUCCCCCUGCCAAGACUGGCGAGGCAGUGCCUCAAUUCCUGCAUCCUGUCACUGAUAGCACGCCCUACGACCUUCCAUAUGCUCAGGACGACUCAGAUUUGGUCGAAAAAGUGCUUCAGCAGCAACGAAACGAAGAUGCACGCCUUGCUUUGGCUGCGGAGCAUUUUCCAGUCGCCUACAGCCAGACGUUCCCCCCAGACGCUUGGGUGGUCCCAGAUAAAUUCGCCGGCGGUAUUGCAGAUAGGACGGGUAUGGGCACAGGCUCGAGCGUCGGAGCACUCUGA